CUUCUCGAGGGCAAAGGGGCGCAUGCCGAUCUCUUCAUUCUUUCGUAGAUGUUCAUAGAGUGGUGACGUGUGCAGCAAGGCAGGUCGUUGAGGUAGACAAGGUGGCCAAACAAUUCACCUGCUUCACUCCUUCGAUUACGGAUUCCUAUUGCAAGAAAAAAAUCGAAUUGAAGUUUUACAUGGCUCGUCUUUUGUGGCCAGAAUCCUAAACUGAGCGUCAGUCUCUUGCCAUCUUAAGCUGCUGUAAGGAGUUACGGAGGAUUUCUGCUUGGAAAAUUGCACAGCGGAUAAUUUUGUUGCUGAUGCAAAUUGCUGCGGUCUUGCAUGAGCAUUAGGCUUACAUGUCAGGUGAUGCUGAUGGAAACGAUGGACACUGUAGGCUGUGAUUGGCUACUCAACGACUUGGGACCUCCCCCAGAUGCCAUUUUGCGAAUCCCUCCACCUCCUCUUCCGCAUUUCAUCGACAGAGCUUAUCUUCACGAGAUGGCUUUAGCCGCGGCCGGUGAUAUCAACAGAGAGAAUGAUACGGUAUUAGCAGCUCCGUGUCAUUGGUGUCAUUGGGCUCGACGGUUUGACCUGGUCGGCUCAGUUAGCGUAACAUCGGGCACAGAAAUGGCCCUUGAAGAUACAUGGUUUUUCGUCAUUUUAGCAUCGUGUUUGAUGCUUACGCUUGGGGCGCUGCUUUCGGCUUUAAUCUACUUGAGACUAAAUGGGAAAAUGUUGAAAGGUGCUUGGGAUUUUGGAAGUUUUUUGACGGAGAACGGCUCCAUUCUGAUUGGCGGCAACGAUAAUGGUGUAUCCCAUAUCGGAAGCGAGCGUCACCACAACACUGGAGCGAUGAUGCCAGUAAGAACAGUCGCCGACCACCAGACAGAUAAUAGCAAACUGGAUUGCCAGGCAAUCAGCUCCUCUGGCGAUAGGGAAGAAGACUUCCGCCGCAACUGCAGCAGAGGUUCAGUUGCGCCUGCUGUUCAGCGACCCGUCACAACACCUUCGUCCUUUCCACCUUUGACACGCGCUUUGUGGGCUGCAGUCAAAACCUGCGAGGGCAAUCAUUACAUUAUAACGCACGCGCAACCUUUUGACCAGAAGCAGCAACGUUCAUCGCUCCCCCUGACGGCUGGUCGUGAUCUAGAACAACCAGACGAAGAUUCCGCUGGUUAUACCACUCUUCACCUCGGCGCCAGCACAUCUUCAAUGGCUGUUUCUAAUGCUGAAAACCAAAUGUAUUACUGUUGCACCGACUUGAUGAUGAUGCAGCAAACGCCUGCAUUCAACGGAAUGCAGCAGGUUACCUCCCUAGACGAUUCUGCCAACGAACUUGGCUGCGAGAGCGCCCAGAAUCCGCUCUAUGUUAAUAUGUCUCCAUUGCAUCCUUUAUCUAGCCCCAAAAUGAAUUAUCCCCUUAUCAACCCUAUUUAUCCAUCUCCGUGUCGAUUGCAACAGAUGUCAACUCAUGUGAGUAAACCAUCAGCCGAGGAGAACACCAUCAGAAAUAACCACUUGACACAUCAAGCGUACGAUGCUUCAAAUUGUUCCGUCAAUGUCACAAGCCAAUGUUCUCAGUCGUAGGUGUGGUUCUGUGUUACAUUAACGCGUAUCCACAAAGCGUGGUAUGUUUGUUGUGUACGUUUCUCAUAUCGUUGCGUGGUCCUGUACAUACACCUGUUUUGCAGACAAACCUAUACCCAGCAGAAAUACCAUUGUGGUACACAUAUUUUCAAAUAACGGACUUUCUUUAACAUGUAAAAUAUAUUUAUUUAUUGGUCGCACAUGUAUAAUAACCUAGCCUUCUACCUGAAUGAGAUGCCCAUGCAGAGCCGAUAAAGGCGGCGUUUUAGUCUUCGUUGUACAAUAAUGAAAGGGCUGAUGGCAUAUUUACGUAUGUUAUUAAAUUAUUGUAUUUGAAUGUGAGCUGUACAAUGGAUACUUUGAUGUUUCCCUCGUUUUUUUGAAUAUUACUAUUAUUUUUCCAUUGAUAAAUUUUCUUUUCAGGACCUCAAUUUACAAAUUAGUGUUAGCCAAUUGAAUACUAUGAAUAUAUAAUGCUAGAACACUUUCAAAUAGUGUAUCAGAUACAUAGAUAGAUAGUGUUAGACUAGAUUUAACUCAUAUGGGAUGUAGUCAUUACUAUUGUUAAGUUUCAAAGUUCGUUCUAUCUGCCCUCACUAUUUUUAUAAGGAAGCUCUUGUUUUGGGAUCCGACGUAGUUCUCUACCGCUGUACUACACACAAGAAAUUUGUCGAAAAAAAAAACGCAAAAACAUUGAAUAAAAUACACUUUUAAAUUUUA